AUGUCUUCUCUCUCUACUGCUUACCCAACCGACGGCGAGGUCAUCGACAUCGGUGGCUCUUCCAUCAACCUCACUUUUGUUGACGAUCAACUUCCAAAAGCCUUCCUUGGCAAGGGUGACUUCCCCAAGGAGAUCGCCUACACUUCCGGAAUGGAGAAGUGGAACUGCAUUGCUGAUAAGUCUUACCAGACUUCCGAUGAGAUGACUAUCAUCAAGGCCACCGCCAAGCAGGUUGUUCAGGAACUCAAGUCCGGUACUCACAUCAUCGAUCUCGGUGCCGCCAACUCAAAGAAGUUUGAGCCCUACGUUCACGAAUUCAUCGCCCAGGGCAAGGAGUGUGUCUAUGUCGCUCUCGACCUGUCCCAUGCCUCGCUUGUUGAACACAUUGCUAAGGCAAAGGCAACCUUCCCUGGUGUCAAGUGCAUUGGUCUCUAUGGUUCUUUUGAACAGGGAGACGUUUAUUUCAAGCAGACCCGUCCUACUGCUCGUCUCUUCCUGUCUCUCGGAAGUAUCUUCUACAACGCUCCUGACUACAUGGCCAAGGAUCGUUGCAUCGAGUUCAAGGGCCACAUGACCCCCGUCGACCGUCUCAUCGUCGGCCAAGAUGGACCUACUGGCGCCGAAGCGAGCCGAACUCAUGCCGCAUACAACACUGUCGAGUAUAACGCUUUUUUCACGACUUAUCUCCAGGGCCUUCAGGACCACGCUGGCAUUGUCGGUGCUAACCCCAAGACCGCUUGGGUCGUUGAAAGCAAGCUCAACAAAUCGAUGCAUUAUUUUGACGUCACUGCGACUCACAACAUGACUUGUACUAAGUUUGGAAUCGAGGUCGCCGCGGGUACAACUUUCAAGAUGUUUAAAUCUUGGAAGCGGUACGAGGGAGAGAUUCACCAGCUGACCAACGAGGUCGGUCUCAAGAUUGAGACUCUCGGCAAGGCUGACAAUUCCGGAAUGCGUCAGUAUCUCAUCAAGGCUGCUGAGAACUAA